AUGGAGAGCAGGACAGAGGGGAACGGCGAGCAGGAGGGCGGCGCACCGGUGAAGGACCCCCCCAGGGGGAGCGCCCUGCCCCGCCAAGAUGGUCAGAUGUGUAGCGGCCCAAAGAGGGACAUACAGAGGGAGGCAAAUCUGGGAGGCAGCCAAACAGGGGGGUGCAAAGCGAAGGACCCGGGAAGUGGCAACUCCGAUGAGGGUAGGAAGCGAGAGGAUGUCCCUACCAGCCAGCGUACAGACCAGCAGGAUGAGCAUAAAAUAGACAGGAACAAUCUGAAGAAUGGCACGACGGCAAAGAGGGAGAAGAAACAAUCGGGUGAAAAGAGGAAAGAUGACAAAGUCAAAACAGACAGUGGAGAAGGGCACAUUUUAAUUCCUUUAAAUCAAAUAAGUCCCCCGUCAGCAAGAUUUAAAAAUGGUGUGGUAACUCGCGUGACAUUAUCUCCCCUUGUGCAGAAUCAGCUUGUCCCCCACAUGCAGCCACUGUCUCCACUCCCAUCAAUCGUGCCGAACCAUAUGAUCCCUCGCAUGCAGCAACUUCCCCCAAUCCCAUCGGUGCCUCCCAUGUCUUCACUCCCCCCAGCCCCACCAAACAUAUCGGAGGCGAAAAAAACAGAAGCGAAUUGCCCCAAUGGGAAUGCACCAAAUGGGUUGAUGGCCCCUCCUCCACCGAAGGAAGUAAUACCCCUGUGCUAUAUGAGCAAAGAGCUGAUGAGCAACAAUGGGAUUGUCCCCCCCGUUGGUAACUUCCCCCUAAACACUUUAAGCUUCACCAAAGAGCAUUUUUUUCACAACUAUGAGGAGGUUAGCAGGAUGAAUGAGUCGUGUGGGUACAUCCCUGGCGAUGUGACCAAUGCCAUUUACGCUCAUUGCAAUAAUAGGAACUUCCUCCCGGCGGCAGAAGGCUACAUCGUUCCGUACGAUUCCCCCAGCUGCUUUUACGCGUCUCCGAUGGUUCCCUACCCAUUUUUCAGCUACAGAAAUGUGGCGGGCGGAAAGCUGUACUGUGAGGCUGACGCCGGGAAUGACUUGCGCAGCUCCACUCGCACGCAGUCGAGCGGGGGAAGCGGAGGUGGCAGCGGGGGCGGCAGCAGGGGGCAGCGGAGUGGACGAAGCGGAAGCGGCAGCAGCUCACUGGCCAUGGCGAACUACGAAGAGACGCACCAAAUGUACCACGCGUGCGACAGAGUUGUCUGCGCCCCAAAGGGGGUUCUUCAAGACAGGGGGUUUCUCCGCGAGAAAGGGCUCCCUCACAAAAAAGGGUACCACGUGGAUAGCCCCUCCAGCGGGAUGAGUGCCUCCGACAAGGUUGGCGGUGUUGGCGGUGUUGGCAGCGUUGGUGGAGUUGGCGGAGUUAGCGGCGGUGUGCUGGUGCAGAAGGGCGUGCCUCCUUUCAGCGUCAGCAGCCCGCGCGAGUUCGGCCUCAUGGAACACCCCAGCAGCGGCAGCCUAAACAGCACCUCCAACGUCAGCGCAAACAACAGCACGCACAUUUUCAAUUGCGUCAACUACGUCUCCAAUAGCAACCUCAACGUCAGGAAGUUUUUAUUAAACGAUUCCACCCCCACGUCGGUGAAUGAUUGCCAGCAGAACAUCUCCUAUUACAACACAUUUAAUACUAAUUGCUUUCUCUCCGCAUCCAAGACCUAUUUUUGCAACCAUUUUUUGCAUGACUGUCCCCUGCCACCGUUUCCCUUUAUCGACGCGUACAAUUCGCCACCGAGUGUGACGUAUGUGCCGAGCGGGGCCUUACACUGCCCAGGCAACUCGAGCGUGGCCACCGCACAGCUGCGAAAAAACGUGGAGGUGAAAAACCUGCAUGGUUGUGGCCAAAACGCUGGCAGAAGAACCCACCCGCAGAAGAAAUACGGCUACCCCAACAGGGACAGCUACCUAUCGCCCAUCGAGUUUUCUGGGAACAUUUUUAAUAUAGCCAAGGACCAAACCGGCUGCCGCAUCCUGCAGAGGAUCCUCGAACGGAAGAACCCCAGACACGUGCAGGAGAUAUACAGGGAGGCCUUGGACAAUAUUGUGGAGCUGAUGGUGGACCCCUUCGGAAACUACUUGUGCCAGAAGCUAAUGGAGGUGUGUACCUCGGAGCAGAUCGAGAGGAUCAUUGACGCGGCGGCGGAUCAGCUGGUGAGCGCCUCCGUCAGCGUGCACGGCACCCGCACGGUGCAGAAGUUGAUAGAAAUGAUAAGAACCCCGGCGCAAAUCGCCAAGGCCACCAGGGCGCUGCAAAACUCCGUCAUCACGCUAAUCAAGGACAUCAACGGGAACCACGUGGUGCAGAAGUGCCUCGUGAGUCUAACGAGCCACCAGUGCGAGUUCAUUUACAAGGCCAUUUUGAAUAAUUGCGUGGAGGUGUCUACGCACAGGCACGGCUGCUGCGUCAUCCAGAGGUGCAUCGACUCGGCCAACGAGCAGCAGAAGGCGCUCUUCAUCAGGCAUAUUACGGACCACACACUGGAGCUAGUGCAGGACGCCUUCGGCAACUACGUAGUGCAGUACGUACUGAACCUGGGGAGGGAGAAGGUCAAUCUGGAUAUCGUCCACAGGCUGCUGCCCAACCUGGAGGAGCUAGCCACUCAGAAGUUUGCCUCCAAUGUAGUGGAAAAGUGUCUAACCAUUGGAAGUAGUAGAUGCAGGAAGAUACUCAUUAAUGAUAUUCUAAGGAGAGGAAAAGAUUCCAUGAAGAAAUUGAUUCUAGACAGGUUUGGAAAUUAUGUAAUUCAGAGGGCCCUAUCCGUUGCAUCUGAACCUGAGCUGACCAAACUGGUGGAAGGGAUAAAGCCAUACAUAAAAGAGUUAAGGAACAUUUCGUCAGGCAAGCGCAUCGCGUGGAAACUCGCGCAGAAGCAUCCCCUACUGUGCAUAGAUGUGAACAGCUACUACCAGACAGGGGGAGGAACUACCCCCAGUUUGGGUGAACCCAUCGGUGAUUCUGUAGAACCUGAGAAAAUGGCUAGCCAGCCUAGAGGGGAGAAUGUCCCCAUUCAGGUAGAUGCACCAAGAAAUGGACACAAAAAAGAGGAUGAGGUUGACACGUCGGAAAAUAUGCAGGGGGGGAGCGAUCCGUAUGGGAGUGCACCGGGAGGAGGCGCCCCAGAUGCGGGAGGACCUCUCACAUUGGAGGUACAGCGGCAGGAGGAGAGGUCUUUGGAGAAGUCGCAGAAGCACCAGACGAACGAUCACCACGGGGAAGGCCACCGAGAAGACCACCACGAUGACCACCGCCAAGACCACCGCCAAGACCACCGCCAAGACCACCGCCAAGACCACCGCCAAGACCACCGCCAAGACCACCGCCAAGACCACCGCGAAAAUCACCGCGAAAAUCACCGCGAAACCCACUGCGGCAGGAGGCACAACGACCCCGGCUAUGCACGCAGAAACGGGAGGUUCCGAAGAAAGAAGGGCAGCAAGCACAGCGCCGAAGUGAGUCGAGACGGCAGGAGCGUGGAAACGCUAUCGAAGAAGGACGACCAUGCAUCCAAUGAGGGGGAGAAACCAUUCAGGAAGGAGCACCUAAGAGAGGUCCCCCCCAAACGUAGUAACUGCAGCAAAGGUGGUAACUACAGCAAUGGUUGUAGCACCCCCCCCGUGCGGCAUGACCACGCGGGGCCAGUGGAAAGCGUUGGAAAUAGAAACCAAAAAACGAACGAGAGGGGAAGAGGGAGAAGGAAAAGGAACAGUGACAGAGCCAAGGGAAGGAGUACAAACCUGACGAAUGACCGUAGUGGCGAUCCCAAUCAGAUAAUUAGCGGAGGGCUCAGGGGGAAAGACGAAAAUGGGGAUGACCCCCUUGGGGAUGGAGCAAACACCUUUGGUGAGGUGGACCCUCUCAGGGAGGGAGAAAACAUCUUUGGUGCGGAUGACCUUUCUAGGGAGGGAGAAGACCACUUUGGUGGUCACCCCGGGGAAAAGAAGCCCAGAAAUAGGGGCAGGGGAAGGAGGAGGAAAAAAAAAAUGAACAAUUGUGGUGUAGAAAAAAUGGCAACCUGUGUAGAUACAGUAGGGGAGGUGGUCCCAACGUUUAAUGCCAAGUCAGGUGGUGCAGGACACCCGUUCGAAGCCCAACAGGGAGAAAGAGAAACAAAUGAAGCAGUCAUAGACCAACCCAUGAUUAGCAUCAUACAGGAGCGGCACCCCAAUGGAGACCAUUUCAAAGGGGUUACACAAAUGAAUAGGGGAGGAAUGACCGUAAGGACUGAACCCGCUGAGGAGAUUGCCAAGGAGAGACAUGCAGAACCGAGGAGGAAUAAAACGAGGGCAAUUAUGCAGAAGAGCGAGGGUAGGAAGGUGCAGGUCGAUCGGGUUGGAAACGAGCCCUGUGGUUACCCCGUGGGGGUUAAGGAGAACUUUUCGCAUGGCGGAAGUAGGCACGAUGGGGGCGGACAUGUCGAGCAGCAUGCGAAGGCGUCCGCGAAUGGGGCAUCCUGUGGGGAAGCUCCCCAGAACGAGCACCACAUGGCCAUGCAGAGCGGUUUAACCCCGUUUAGCCAGCCAAGGAGUACCUCCAAAAUGCCCCUCUGCCUGGGCAACAGAAAUGGCACAAGUGGCACAAAUGGCUCAAGCGGGGUGAACAGCAGGAGGAGCUCCAGACGGGCGAAAAAAAAAUUCUGAAACGAUUCAUUUGCAGAGUAGUGCGAGUCGCAUGACCACGUCGGAGGAGUUGCCUCCAGUGGAGGUUUGCAGCAACUGGCACAUCCGCUCCUUUUUUAUCUCCGCCCACAUUUGUGCACGUUUUUAAGAAAUACAUGGGGGGGGUGCACCCCUGGAGGCAUGCUCAAUUGAGCAGUUCACGUACAGAUGAGGCGAAUCGCGUUUGGCCCCGCUGAACCAAAGCGAUACGUGACGUAGUAGCUACCUAAUUAGGUUAAGGUGGAGGUGUGGUUACACAAGCAUAGCGUGGAUAGCGUGGCUUGGGUAGUUGGCAAACACAACCGGGGGGUAAAACACAGAGCAGCCAUCGUGGGGAGGAAUAAUUUUUUUUAAAAGGAGAAAGUUUGACCGCUUCGCUUCCGUUUUGUAUUAUCCCCCAGCGUAGAGCACUUUGCAGGUGAGACACACCUCAUCGCCGUUUGGAAUUUUUUCAUUCAACCCUAAUGAAGAAGGCACAUUUGCAUGCCCCAUAGAGUAGUCACCUACCCUACCGUGUCCACCGGUACAGGUGUAUACCCACCGUUUGGAAUCCCCCCCGUUUGCAUGCCCCCCCGUUUGUUAACCGCCG